UGCGCAUCCAGCAUCCAGUCACAGCCUGAGGAGCGCAGGGGAGUGCCGACCCAUCCACACUUCCUCCUCUUCCCUCGCUGUAGCCGGAGUAAAGCCACACGGAGCGGACACCGACGCUGUUAAAGCCCCUCCAACAUCCUCCAUCCUCCUGAACAGUUGCUUGGGUGAACCACAUCGGCGGCAUCAUGGCGGAGUUAGACGUCCCACAGAUGAAGAGAGAAGUGGAAAGCCUUCAGUAUCAGCUGGCGAUCAACAGAGAGAAAUCCUCCAUCACCGUAACGGAGCUGGUGAAGUGGAUCGAAGGCUGUGUUUGUGAAGAUCCGUUUCUGAACCCUGAACUGAUGCGAGCCAACCCUUGGGUGGAAAAGGGCAAGUGUGUGAUCCUCUAAUGGUCACGCACACAAUCACAAAUGCAUAUAAUCUUAAAAACAAACAAACAUGCAAUCCCCCUCAGCCUGGCUGCACUGGUUCUCCCCCCUCCUACACACAUUGAUACUUUUAUUUAUGUUUAUUUAUGUGGAG